CACCUGAAAAUCUCCCUCUUGUCCUUCAAAAUCGUAAAACAGCUACCUUGGUCCUCAAAGCUCUAAAAAAAGACAAAAAUAUGCCUGCCCUCAUAUUUGAGUGGAAUCAGGCAGGUUUCAACAAUGUUCCCACUGCUUUAGGUUCUCGAAAUGGCAUUGCAGGCCAAAACAAAGGUGCAAUUAUCACAAAUCUUAUGGCAAAUGGUGCAGGAAACUAUAAUAAUGUCGUAUUUACAUUCCCAAAUGGCAUUGCCAUUGGAGCAUGGGUUGAUCAGAUAAAUGUGAACAUACCAUGUGUGUUUGUUGUUGCUGAAUAUCAUUCAACUGGUAUAGCAAUUUCUUGGACUAUAUUUGAAUUAACACAAAAUCUUGAAAUUCAAAAAAAACAUCAAGAAGAAAUUGAUCAAGCAUUAAAAUGUUAUUUGCCCACAUUUGAAGAUUUAUCAAAAAUGGAUUACCUGACUCAAGUUGUUAAAGAAUCUUUGAGAGUUCAUCCACCUGGAGCAUUUUGUGCACGUUUCUUAAAAUCAGAUAUGAAUGUUGAAAAAAAUACAACAACAAAAUCUUCAUUAUCAUCUUCAACAAUUGAACCUCACAAGAUUGAUAAUAGCCUUUUGUUAAAAUCAAAUACAACUAUCUUAUAUCCAAUUCCAUUGUUACAUGAAAACCCAAAUUUUUUUGAAAAUCCAUUGGAAUUCAAACCAUCAAGAUUUGCCACCACCACCAACACCAUUAAACCAUCAACUUAUUGUCCAUUUGGAUUUUGUCCAGCUGAAAGACUUGCAUUGUUAGAUGUCAAAAUGAUGAUUUGUCUUAUCUUCCAAAAAUUCAAUGUUGAACUAGCAAUGAACUUAAAUGAUGUUCAGAAAGAAGAAAAAUCUGCUAUUAUGGCUAAAAAUGAUAUAUUG